UUCAACGCGGCUGCCAAUGAUCCCAUUUCAACAAAUCGACGCCAUCACCGAUGAGUCAACCCGGAGCAUCCACUGGCGACGCUACCAAGUCCAAGCGCAACCGCAACCACUGGCGCAACAAGCGAAAGGAGAACAAGCUCGAAGGUGGUAAUGGACAAGUCCACCAGGAAGUAGAUUCAGCUGCCAUCGGGCGGCUCUCGGUUACCGACGCACGUCCGUCGAUCCCACAUAAGAUCCGUCGCACGGACAGCCAAGAGGGAGUCAAAGCUGUUCCCCCACCAGCCCCCCUUCAGCGCAUCUCCGAGACCACGUCCGUGAUGCACUUGAGUUCAGUACCCGUGUCGACGUUGGACAUCUCGGACUCGUCCAUGCGCGCGCUGACUCAAGUGAUGAACUACGAAUACCUGACCAAGGUGCAAGCCGCCACGUUGCCUGUGAUUCUCGAAGGCAAGGACGUGCUGGCCAAGUCUAAGACGGGGACCGGCAAGACCAUGGCGUUCCUGUUGCCGACGAUCGAAGCGCUGCUUCGCGAAACGUCCACCCCCAAGACGAAGCGUGUGGUCUCUGCGCUCAUUCUGUCCCCCACGCGCGAACUGGCGUCUCAAAUCGACGUGGAAGCCAAGAAGCUGUCGACGUUCCAUCCGUUCCGCGUGGCCUGCUUUGUCGGGGGCACGUCCAUGAGCCAAGACCUGCGCCGCCUUCGCCACGCCGACGGCAUCGACAUCUUGGUGGCGACUCCCGGUCGGUUGCAAGACCACUUGACCAACAACAACGAGGACUUGGUCGCGCGCGUCGCCAACAUCAAAGUGUUGGUGCUGGACGAAGCGGAUCGGCUCUUGGACAUGGGGUUCCGCCGCGACAUCGAGAAACUGCUCGCGUUUUUGCCCACGAAUCGCCAAACGCUGCUGUUUUCCGCGACGUUGCCCGACUCGUUGGAGCAGAUCAAGCGGCUGGCGCUCAAGCCCGGCCACGUGUACAUUGACACGGUGGGUGAGGAGGACCAGACCAACCUGCACGUCGACCAGAGCGUGGUCACGUGUCCGUUCGAGGACCACAUCACCGUCCUGGACAAGCUCAUGCACGCGCACAUCCAAGGCUCCCCCAGUGGCUACAAGAUCAUUGCGUUCUUCCCCACGGCCCGCGCCGCCGGGUUCAUGGCGCAACUGUUCUUGGCGGCCAAGUACCCGAUCCUGGAGAUGCAUUCGCGCAAGUCGCAGGCGCAUCGCACCAAGGCGGCCGACGUGUUCCGCACCCAAGACAAUCAGAUUUUGUUCUCGUCCGACGUGUCGGCCCGCGGCGUCGACUACCCCGGCGUUACCCUCGUGAUCCAAGUCGGGCUCACGGACAAGGAGCAGUACAUCCACCGUCUUGGACGCACCGGUCGCGCCGGCCGUGACGGCGAGGGCGUGCUGCUGCUGUCGCCGUUUGAGACGCCGUUUCUGAACGAGUUGAAGGACGUGCCGCUCACCGUGCAGACCCCCCCGGGGGGCGCCCCCCCCCGCAUCGCGCCCAUUCUCGCCCAAGUGCAGACCAAGCCGGACCUCCGACAAGCUGCCGAGCAGGCGUACCAGGCGUGGCUUGGUUUUUACAACUCAAACGUGCGUCGGCUGCGGAUGGACAAGAACCAACUGGUCGCCAUGGCCGCCGAGUACAGCCGCAUCAUCGGGCUAGCAGAAGUGCCGGCGCUGUUGAAGCGAACGAUCGGCAAGAUGGGGCUGCAAGGCAUGGGCUUGAAGAUCCAAACCGAUACGGAGGCUUUCAACAAACCACGAGGAGGCAGCGCCGCUCCCGGCGGAGGUCGCGGAGGUCGCGGUGGUAGUGCCGGAGGUCGAGGCGGUGAAGGUGGUCGUGGCGGAGGUCGUGGCGGGGGUCGUGGGCCCCGGCGAUAAGCGCUGCGUGGUGAUUUGGAUCAACGAGAGGUUGGUUCCAUAUUCGACUUUGAUUAUUCGCCCCCUAAGAUAUUGUACUACAUCUACUCUACCGCUAACUCUUAAUUCACGAAACGGAUUUCUGUUGGUGGAUGUUGUUGUACAUCGACCAACCUACCGUACUCGUAGAAUCAUUGCGCAAUAGGGACCUGUACUGUAACAAUAUAACUGCAUUUAC